AAGAGCUUCUCCUUGCUCCCGCCAUGGCCUCGCAGAACGAUCCUGGCACUGUCGCCUGCGCCCCCAGCAAGGCGGCUGAACCCAGCGGGGGCGCUACCUGGGGCUCCGUGCGCAGCAGGCUGCAACAGGAGCUGAUGACACCGAUGAUGUCUGGAGACCACGGCAUCUCUGCCUUCCCGGAGUCGGACAAUCUCAUCUAUGGCGUGGCUGGGACGGUCUACGAGGACCUGAGGUACAAGCUCUCCUUGGAAUUCCCCAGCAGGUACCCCUACAACACUCCCACCAUCAAGUUCCUCACCCCCUGCUACCACCCCAACGUGGACUUGCAGGGCAACAUUUGCUUGGACACCCUGAAGGACCAGUGGUCGGCUCUCUACGACAUCUGGACCAUUUUGCUCUCCAUCCAGAGCUUGCUGGGAGAGCCAAACAUGGAAAGUCCUUUGAACAGAGGCUGCCGAGCUGUGGAAGAACCAAGCAGCCUAGAAAAAAACACCUCCAUGAAUCCUACCAAAAACAUAUGAAGAGCCAGGAUACCUGAUGUCCUUCCCAGCCAUGGACCACUUUGCCUGGGUGGGGAGGGGUGGGGUCUCUUCCCUCUUCUGUUUCAUCCUUGUAUUUUCUGUGCGUCGCCUCUAUUGUAUUAUAGGUCAUUUUAAAGGUUAUUUGGCUUUUCCCCCC